AUGUUUGAUUCCUUCAAACUCCAUUAUUCGCGGCUGCCCUCGUUUCAGCAGAUCCAGGGCAAUUCCUCAACGCCAGGUAGGAUUUUCCUACAGAUUGUGAUUUUGCAAGUGUUUUACUAUCUAACGGCGAUCAUCCUGUUCUUUGCCACGGCGCAGCUUCUAGGCUUGCCGUUUUCAUUCAAAUGGUGUUUCUCUUGGCAAUGGGUGUCACUGGAAAACACUUUGGGACUCACUUUGGCAGCACUAUGGCUAUUUGACUCCUUACUGAGCGUGAUCUUUAUUACGAUAAUUAUCGGGCGAUCGAAACUGGCGUGGGAUUACGCUCUCACGGUCCAUGUGGUGAAUCUCGCGCUAGUAUGGCUUAACUCAGGAUUCCCAACCAGCAUAUACUGGUGGCUGCUGCAGAUCUGCAGCUGUGCGAUCAUGAUCACACUGGGCACCUGGACCACUCGCUGGAAAGAGCUACGAGAAACGUUUUUUGAGGGCAUGGCCGACACAGAGCUCGGCCAAAUGCAUGAGAGCGCUUCGACGAGGUCGACGGCAACUACGGCGGCCGAAAGAAAAUAGACGUCUAUUCAUGGUAUCUAAACUGUGUCAACAAGAGCGUUCUAGUUGGCAAUUGCUGGACAGGAGAUGGCACUAAUAACGUUAGCUUCCCUUUUUCAUCGUUACAAUUUUGGACGUAGCAGAAUCCCAAGGAGCUGCUAUCCAGUAAUGGCUUGAUCAGGUUUUCGUCAUCGUCGUUGGAAUUCAGAUAUUUCAAGGUGUCGAUCUGCGAAUCGUCCAUUAAAGACAGAAUGGAGUUACUCAAGGUAUCUGAGCCAGGGUUCUUGACUCGUUCUGCCAGCUGCUUGAAAUUGACAGUUUCGCGAGGCGCCUCAUCAUCAUCAGCAAGAUCCCCGCUCAGAAACGAGAGGUUCACGUGUUCCGUCUCCUUAGGGCGCACAAAGAUGAAAUCUUUCAAGUUGACGGUGAUGCUGUACGGACUCAGCUGGAGCCUGUCGAUGCCGUAAAAGUAUUCUUUUAUCGACCGUUGCUGUAGUUCUCGCUCAUACUUGUCGUCCUUGUCAACGCAUCCGCUGGACUUGUUGAGUUUCAGCAGCGUGACUGCUGGGUUUUGCAUUUUUUUCUUAAAGUCGACCAGCAGUCUUUCGCUUCCAACUAUUAAAAGCACAUUAAUAUUAAAGGAUGCAACAAUUUCCUCGAUGAUGUCGUACUCUUUGAUUGUGAACGCGGGCGUGUCAACUAUCACGCCUGAUUUUUUCACCUUGAGGUCGUUAUCAAGGCGUCUGCGCACAGACUUCCCCAACUGCUGGAUUAAAUACCUGUAUAGUUUAACGUUAUCUGAAAACUUUUCCAGUCCAAAAGUCUUGGCCAAUGGUUGUUUCUGGUGGUAGAAAGAGGGGCCUGUGGCGACGCUUUCACCCAAGGCGACGUUUUCGACGUUCAGAAGAUCGGAAAUUGCAGUGGCGCUCAGGUUACCGGGAAUCACAAACUGAAAGUCCCUGGGGUUCAGGUUGACCAGCAUCGGUUGGUGGUCCUGUUUUUCUGCGUACGAUGCUAACGUGCGGCAAAGAGCUGUUUUUCCCGAGUCCUUUCCUCCAAUGACCAGAACACGCGGGCCUUCCACCACUCUCUGUUUUUCCAGACCCAAAUGCAAUGUUAGAUAUUGUCCAACACAGCUCUCCUCACUGACGUACUCGGACAACGGCUGGCAGUUCCAAAAAUGCAGUUUACAGCCAGAAUACGAGAAAACACACAGUUUUAUCGAGCCCUGGAAUGCGUACUCGAUGUUGGGCGACAGCUCGGUUCCAAAAAUCUCUGCUGUUCCGUCGACAAGUUUCAGCUUGAGCUUGUCUUUGGCAGCAACUUCAAACCGCCAUUCCUGGAACGGUGGCACUUCUACAAUGUUAGCGCUCUCGGACGACUCUGUUUUGGUUUUGUUGAGAAUCGACUGCAGAAUGGAGGGGUCGAAGGUAGCC